AUGUCUGCUAACAAAGGCUCGUGGGCACCACCUGAGGGUGAGGACAGCAUGUCUGAGAAGUUCCUGAGGAAGACCAGGGAGUCUCUGCUGGUGCCUAUAGGCUUAGGGGGCUAUGUGGUGGUGGCAGCAUGCAGGAUUUACCGGCUGAAGGCUCGUGGUUCCACCAAGAUGUCCACACACCUGAUUCACACCCAAGUGGCAGCACAGGCCUGUGCUGUGGGUGCGAUCAUGCUGGGUGCUUUGUACACGAUGUACAGAGACUACAUCAAGAGAACUGCGCAGGAUGCUGCGGAGAAGUAG